AUGCUCUACUCAACAACGGCGUGUCACAUCGGGAAAUCGCUUGUCAAACGGGUCGCUCAAGACGAACUAUUGACCGUUAUGCAAGGAAUCCGCAAGAAUACGGCACAGCAAUAUAUUCUGGACGGCACAGGCUGCUAUCGGUUCAAGCUGAACGGGUCUGUCGAAAAGCAUCAAACUCUACUAAAGUCCGCCAACCAAAUCAGAUCCGAAAUUCCUGAAAACGUCUCGAAGGACACCAUCUUACGAACAAUUCAUCGGUCCGGUCGACUUGUGAAUACUCCAAUGAAGGCAGCACUUCGUCUACAGCAACGACAUAAAAAUGAACGGCUCCAGUUUGCACGCUCCAACAUGGCCACGGAAUGGAAUGAGGUAUCAAUUUUUUCUGUCACCUUAUGAUUCCCAAUUUUUCUGUUCAGAUCAUCUUCAGCGACGAGAAGAAAUACAACCUUGAUGGGCCAGAUGGGUACGCUCACUAUGGAGAGAUUUGAGGAAAGAUCCGAUGUACUUCUCCAAGAAAAACUUCGGCGGCGGCAGCCUCAUGGUCUGGGCGGCUUUCUGCGGCAACGGAACGGUAGCUCUUUCUUUUAUUGGGUCCAGAACGACUUCGCAAGACUACCAGCAACUGCUUGCCCAGCAUCUCCUGCCCUAUCUCCGUCGCCGACGACGUGCUAAUAUGAUUUACCAACAAGACAAUGCAUCUGUUCACGCGAGCAACUCCACAUUGGCUUGGUUUGCGGCCAAGAACGUGGUUCUUCUGGACUGGCCCGCGUGCAGUCCUGACCUCAACUCUGUAGAGAGUUUAUGGUCAGUCCUUGUACGAAGGGUCUACGCGAAUGCCAAGCAGUAUACAACGGUCAACGAUCUGAAAAGAGCGAUUCGUUCCGAGUGGGAUGGUUUGGACAAGUCACUGCUGCAAUCACUUGUUGGCAGCAUGCCGAACAUUUUCGGAGUCGCUCAGAAACAAGGAGGCAUCACACAUUAUUAA